CUAUCACCAGCAUGAUGGCUUGUUGCGCCUCGGGCUUGUUUGGACUUGCAACCACAGCAUCACACUCCACUACACAGACUUGCGGAUGCUUCAGCCACUAGAGUGAAAGCUACAGAGAGACUGGGGGGAGGGACAGACAGCCAGAGAAGGAGAGCAGCACUCCAGGAGAGAGGAGGGAUCAUCAGUCCCGGCAGCAGAGGGAUCCACCUGUGCCACAGAGGAAAGGGGGGCCCCCCCACCUGAUCCAUCCGGUUGCAGGGGGGGACCCUGCAUAGCCUGGAAGGCAACAGAGACUAUGCAGCUGGGACUGGUGGCGCUGGCAAUGAUCUUUCUCAGCUCCAUGGGUCACAGCGAUGUUCUCAAGCUUUCCAAGGCAAGAAGGCAGAGACGGGUUAGUACUGAGGGGCCACCAGCUUGCCCCAAAGGCUGUGACCGAUGCUCUGAGUACAACGGCUGCAUUAAAUGCAAGCCCAAGCUCUUCAUCUUCCUGGAGCGCAACGACAUCCGUCAGAUAGGCGUGUGCCUUGCCUCCUGCCCCAUGGGAUACUUUGGCAUGAGAAACCCAGAAGGCAACAACCGAUGCACACAAUGUAAAAUAGACAAUUGUGAAGCGUGUUUCAAUCGCAAUUUUUGCACAAAAUGUAAGGACGGCUUGUAUUCACACAGUGGGCGAUGUUAUGUCAGCUGCCCCCCAGGACAGCGCACCGCCAACGAGACCAUGGAGUGUGUUGGUCAGCCUUCUUCAGAGUGUGAACUGGGUGAGUGGAGCCAAUGGGGUUCCUGUAUGAAGAAGAACAAAACGUGUGGAUUUAAAAAAGGUUCCCAGUCCCGGGUCCGCGUACCCCUUCUGCAGGUCCACAGUCCGGACACCUCCCCUGCUUUUGUACCCUCACCGACCUGCAUUCCAGAGACAGAGAGGAGGAAGUGCGUUGUGACCAAGACGCCUUGCGCGAGAGAGAGGAAGAAUAAGGGGGACAGACAAGAUGAUACGAACAGGAGAGAAAGAGGCGGUGGAGGUGGUGGAGGUGGUGGAGGAGGUGGAGGAGGAGGUGGUGGAGGAGGAGGAGGAGGGAAGCGGAGAAAAGGCCAGAGCAGGACCACCACUGCUCCCAGCUUUACAACCAGCUCUGUCUCCUAAACUCUGAAGACUAACUGGAUGAGGCUGAGGGCGAAAUAAAGACAAUGCCUCACCCAGCAGUGCCAGCCACAGACAAAGAUGAGUGUUGAAGGAUUGGAUUAAUGCUGCUAUGCUGCAUUGUAAAAGAUGCAAAGAAAACUGGAGGAUUGCUGCAACACAGGGUUUCUUGAAGCCUUUUGAAUAAAUGAGCAUAUCUGGAGGAGACUUGUGUCUUAGUGGUACUCGGGACGUCUUGUUGAUUUUCGUUCGACCGUUAAGGAUCACUGUUGGACGGCAAAGCCACGUUGAAGAUUGCGGUUGGGGCUUUGUUUGUGUCACAAACUGACCCAACGUAACUCCUGAGUUAAGAACAGAUCUCGUGUUCCAAAUGCAGCAUUCAAGCUGGAAGAUGGUAAUUAAUGAAGGGUCUCUCGGUCUCCUCUGGUAAAUGAUGUGUUUUGUUCGAUUUUAGUCACAAUCUGUUCUUCAUUUGUUUUUGUCUUUGCGAGAGGUGGCAGAUGGAUUAUUUCAAAUCACUGUGUGUGGUGUAAAGUCAGUGAAUAGUAUUAAGUCUUGGUACCUUUGCUUCCAAUUGGAAGGUCAAACAAAAAAAAGAAAGGCACUGGAAAUCAUUUGUGGUUGGACAGAAGGUCUUCUAUGUAUCAUUUUUAAGGAGGGAAUCUGUACAAAGCAAGAUUAAGAAAGGUGACGAGAAGACGAGGCUUGAUGGGAGCUCAACUCAUAUCCUUCUUCGGUCUCUUGACACAAACCUUUGCCAUUUGAUAGCUUAGUGUUUGUUUUGAAAUAAAUGUUGUUUUUAUCAGAAAAUAUCUCUGCACAGAAUUGAGUAUUUGCAUGGUACAAAGUUGCACAUGCGUGCAAGCGUGUGUGUAUGUGUGUGCGUGUCCACCUGAAGUCUGGGUGUUUGUGUUAGUUUGUAUGUAUAUCUGCUCGGAUUAAAAGCUGUUUGUCGACAGAAUUAAGUUGCUCGUACACGUGUGUUGACGUUUGCACAUGUGUUAAUACUGGUCUCAUCGUUUGACGGAACACGGUCUAGAAAACAAGAGGAGGAAAAUGUACAUGCAGAGUGAUGUAUCGAAUAUGCAGUAAAUACAAGCCACUAAUGAUUAUAUAAGCCAUCAAUCAUCAGCUGUUCCAUAAUCAGUACGUUUGCAACAGGGUCUGAAUAUUUUGCACAUCUAUUAUGUUUCCUGCUACUCAUAUUUCAGAGCUGUCAUAGCAUUUUACAAAUGUAUAUUACCUACGAUGCUUUCUAUGGGUCUGCUUGUUUUAAACAGGAUAUUAGUUUCAGGAAAAGUUACACCCUUCAUUACUCAUUCAUACUAUGGAUUGUGAUACUGAAUAUGUUGAGUUGUGUUUAUCAUCAAAACAUAAGAAGUAUUAGUAUCAUCAUGUAUAGCUUAUUCUGUGAAAGCCUAAAUAAAGUUCAGAUGAAGCUAA